GCAAAAUUACCUUCAGCAGUCUUCUUGAUCAGUAUUUCCAUUCUGCUCUCAAUAUAACUCAAAAGCAACCAUGAGUCUCUCUCCAAAGGACAAGAACGUGGUGAGAGAUUUUUGGGCAAAAGCUGAAGGCAAUGCAAGCGAACUGGGUGCUGAAGCCAUAGCCAGGAUGCUGGUUGCCUACCCGCAAACCAAGACCUACUUUUCACACUGGGGAGAUCUCAGUCCCCAGGCUGCACAGGUGAAGAAGCAUGGUGCCAUUGUCAUGGCAGCACUGGGGAAAGCUGUCAAAAACAUCGAUAAUCUUGUCAGCCAUUUGAACGACCUCAGUGAGCUGCAUGCCUUCAAGCUCCGAGUGGAUCCUGCCAACUUUAAGAUCCUGGGUCACAACAUCAUUCUGGUCUUUGCCAUGUACUUCCCUGCUGACUUCACUCCAGAGGUUCACGUCUCCGUUGAGAAGUUCCUGCAGAGCGUGGCUUUGGCUCUGUCCGAGAGAUACCGUUAAACCCCUGGCGAAACAUAUCCUAAUCAAUGAUUAAGAUUGACAUCAUGUGGCAUGCCACUCAACCAUGUCAGCACCCUUGUGGGUGUGUGGGGGUUUAAUAAAUAAAAAUGCUAAGCAAAAAAAUAAGAAAAAAA